AUGGGUGUCAUGACAUCCAGGCCCUCCUGCUGCUACUGUGUCUGCUGCUUCUCUGACUGUGGUUGCAGACGUUUCUUCCGCUCGCUGUGCAGAGCAUGGGUUUUCUUUCAGUGGAAGAUUGCAUCUGUCAAAAGAGAAAGGACACACAUGAAAGGUGAACCGCAUACUAAGGUUGUGAAGGGCUUCGUGACUAGUUGCGGGAAAGGUUGCGGCUGGAUCGAAGAGUGUGUCUUCUUUAGCACGGAGAGUGUGCCUGGCUCCGUGUAUCUGCAACCUGGAGAUAAAGUCCUCGCGUUUGUGGAGGAAGACCCAGUGUUGCAUGACUUGAAAGCCACCGAGGUUUGUAUUGUCUUGGAAUACUGUGCACUCAGAGAGCCAAGCUCCAUCAUCCGAGAUUUAUCAGCGUGUGUUUCCUACGUGAAGAAAGACAUCGUCUACCUCGCUGAUGAGUACUUCUUCUACCUAGACAGCAUUUCUAAAGCCAUCUUAGGUUUUCAGCCAUACAAAGGUGACUGGUUAGAUCUGGAGUAUUCUUUGGAAUGCGGCUCAUCAAAACUCACAAUACACUCACUGAAGGCCACAAGACGCAGGCGACUGGAAGAGGUGUGCGUGACCAGCAUCCACAGACGAGAAGGAAUGCUGAAUCACACUAUCUUUUUCACCUUCCACUCGCUGAAGCUUCCCAAUGGAUACACCCCUCUUGUAGGCCACAUGGUCAACGUGGUGAUGGUGCAGAGCAUCAGGUCCAAGUACAACUGGAGGGCAAUCUCGAUGAAGCCCGUGGAAGCACCCCCCUCAUACCCCAUGCUGCAGCUGAGCUUCCGUGAGAACGUCAUUUUCCGACCAUCUCCGGAGUGA